UAGAUCUCUCUUGAAGAGGGCUGGUAUAUUUGUGCCUGCUGGAGGUGGAAAUAACAGUAAGAAGGAGAAAGGAAUUGAAUGGACUUUCGGGAGUUUUUCAAGUAAAUUCAGGAAAGCACAUUUACUUUACUAGUCCAUGCUUAAGACUUGGUUUACACUAAAGACGACACAAAAGAUGUUAAAGUUAUCACCAAGCUGCCGGACAAAUAUAUAUAACAACACCACCAAGGUGCAGAUCAGGAUAGAUCUGUGAUUCAGGACUUUGUCUUGGAAAGAGGACAAGGUGUGUGAAGAAUUCCAAAACAAGUGAAGAUAACUCUGGGAACUACAGUCUAUCAGAAGAUCAACUUUUGCAAAUACAAACACCAGAGAACUGAUUAUCUUAAGCUUAUAUAGGAAUGCAUAGGUCAUUCGACCAAAUAAUAGUAGCCGUCUCUUGCUACAUAAAUGCAGCAAAAACCAUAAAAACUGUGGAUAACUGGAAAUCUGAAUUUCAGCUUUCUUAGAAAUAACUGCUGCCUGACACAUUCCAAAAUAUUUUAAAUAGAAAAAAGAAAUCACUAAAGAUGCUGUGUUUAGAAAUGUCAUUGACAUGAAGAAUAGGUAAAUUUGUUUUUCCGUCACUGAGAGAGCACACCUCAUAGGAAUUCUGAUUUUAAGACAGAGCAACGAGGAUUAAAAGACUUUAUAUCUGGGGGGAGAAAAAUGUAUCUAACGGUUCUUUUGCUUAGAGGUGUUCUGGGUCUGCUCUGGAGUUCCUGGGUUUUGGUGGGUCAUGCAAAAGGCGGUCUGGGAGAUAAUCAUGUUCACUCCAGUUUUAUUUAUAGGAGGCUGCGGAACCAUGAGAGAAGGGAGAUCCAGAGAGAAAUUCUCUCUAUCCUGGGUUUACCUCACAGACCCAGACCAUUUUCACCUGGAAAACAGGCUUCUUCGGCUCCUCUCUUCAUGCUGGACCUGUACAAUGCUAUGACAAAUGAAGAAGACACGGAGGAAUUGGAAUAUUCACUGAGGGGUUCCAUGGGAGGAGAGAACAGAGGGGUAAGAAGGGGAUACCCGGCCUCUCCAAAUGGGUAUUCUCGGAGAAUGCAAUUAUCUCGCACCACAUCCUUGACCACACAAAGUCCUCCUUUAGCCAGCCUGCACGAUACCAACUUUCUGAAUGACGCUGAUAUGGUCAUGAGCUUUGUCAACUUAGUUGAAAGGGACAAGGACUUUUCUCACCAGCGAAGGCACUUCAAAGAGUUUCGAUUUGACUUGACUCAAAUCCCUCAUGGAGAAGCAGUGACUGCAGCUGAGUUCCGGAUAUACAAAGACCGAAGCAGUAAUCGAUUUGAAAAUGAAACCAUCAAAAUUAGCAUUUAUCAAAUCAUCAAGGAAUACCCAAAUAGGGAUGCUGAUCUGUUCCUGUUAGAUACCAGGAAGGCUCAAGCUUUGGAUGUUGGUUGGCUUGUGUUUGACAUCACUGUGACCAGCAAUCACUGGGUGAUUAAUCCACAGAAUAAUUUGGGUUUGCAACUCUGUGCAGAAACAGGGGAUGGACGCAGCAUAAAUGUUAAAUCAGCUGGUCUUAUUGGAAGACAUGGGCCUCAAUCGAAGCAACCAUUUAUGGUUGCAUUCUUCAAAGCAAGUGAAGUACUUCUUCGAUCAGUCCGAGCCGCCAGUAAUAAAAGGAAAAAUCAGAAUCGCAACAAAUCCAAUAACCACCAGGAUUCUUCAAGGAUGUCCAAUGUUGGGGAUUAUAACACAAGUGAACAAAAGCAAGCCUGUAAGAAGCAUGAACUCUAUGUGAGCUUUCGUGAUUUGGGAUGGCAGGAUUGGAUUAUAGCUCCCGAGGGUUAUGCUGCAUUUUAUUGUGAUGGAGAAUGCUCCUUCCCACUUAAUGCCCACAUGAAUGCUACCAACCAUGCUAUCGUUCAGACUCUGGUUCACCUGAUGUUCCCUGAUCAUGUUCCUAAACCUUGCUGUGCACCAACUAAACUGAAUGCCAUUUCUGUGCUCUACUUUGAUGAUAGUUCUAAUGUCAUUUUGAAGAAAUAUAGAAAUAUGGUAGUACGUUCGUGUGGUUGCCACUAAAAUAAAAUAUUAAAAUUGAAACAAUGUUUUACUCAGAGUAUAGUACAACAUGAGAGGCUUAAUUUUGGAGAUGUCCCUAUUCCAGUUCACUUCAUCUCUACUUCUAUGUACAGAAUUAUGUAUAUAGUAGCUUUUAUUUAUUUAAAGGUAUAUAGUCUUCUUUGUAUGGGUGGAAUAUCUAUACAACUUAUUUUAUAGGUCCUCCUAUUAUGCAAUAGAAAGCCCAAUCUGAAUUUCGGUGGGUCAUGCUGAGACCUAUUUCACUUCAGUGUUUUUUUCUAAUAAAACCUUUGUACAAUUUUCCUGAAAUUAGACAGAACUCCUGUGACUGUUUUAUAUUGUUAGAGGAAAUUGAAUACAUUUGGUUAUGUUGUGCCAAUGAAAACUCUGGUAGGAUAUUUAUUUAGAAAAGGCACAGAAAAACCUAAACAAAAAUGCUUGGAUAAACAUCAUUUUUCUUUUAGAGGUUCUGCUUCAUUAGAUAAAGUGAAAUGUUGAACUGGGUUUGAAUAAAUAAAUGGUAGGUAGAACAUAGAAGCUGAAAGAUUGCACAUAAUUGUUAUAACUAUUUGCUUUAACAGAAUCAGUGUAACUGUAGGAGCAUGUUACUUCUUGGCUUGUGGACUGUAGAUUUUGCAAAGAGCUCAAAGUUUCAGGAACUCUGUGGAGACAGGCAUGACCCUGUAUUCUUGACUUUCCAAGCUAACACUAAAAAAAGUAGUACAACCUUCUUACCUCAAAUAAAUCAUGUCUAUUAUCUAGAGAACUACUGCAGAAUUUUUUCCAUAUUUAACAACAGCCCAAAAUUAUAAAAAAACCCCAACACUUCCUGAGCCAUCCUACCCUAUUUACAAGAGUUACUGUGUGUGCAACAAGUACAAGAACACAAGGACUUCAACAGAAAGUGGUUUUCUCUAGUUCUACUUUCUCUCUAGGCUUGCUCACUGAUGUAAUUUGAGGGAUUUUAGUAGGGGAAAGGUACUAAAACUUAAAGAAAUUACCAAAAAUCUUUGAAUUUAUUUAGCAUACAAAUUGAUAUAUUUAAACAAAAUGUGUUUACAGAAUUGCUAUUUGGAAAGAACAGCUGAAAUCCAUUUUUCAUAUCUUCAAGGAUUUGAGUACGCGUUUAAAUCCUGAUUUUUUAUGGACAUCUCAUCAAACCUCCACAGAAAAUUCCAAAUGAAUGGGUUCAUGUGUGUGUGUAUAUGUGUGUGAGUGUGUGUGUGUUUUCUUCUCUCUGAAAUUAAUUUAUUUUCUAUCACUGUUGGAAUGGCAUCUGAAACCUUCUUUAAACAUACAUAACAUUUUAAAGAAUGAAACAUUUUUUUUUUCAGAUAAUCUUUUCGAAAGUCACCUUAGACAUAAGAAAUAAUGUAAUUUGCCUUAAAACUAUGUCUAUUUGCAGUUCAUGUACAAUUAAAAUGAUUAAUAAAGUAAGACACUGCUUGUGAAUUUCUCAUUGGGAUCAGUUGGCUCACACACUGAAUCAGGAAUAACUCCAAAAAUGCUAGGGGUUUGUUUGUUUUCAGGUUCAUGGUUUUGCUGUUUUAUACUCAAUUUAUCCUAAAGAAAAUUUGAUGUUAACUGUAUUUCGGGGUACAUUUUAAGUAAUAUAUUUUUGGAAAAUGGUGUACCAUUAUGAGAAUAAGAAACGGAAUUUUAUUAUAUUAUUCUUUAAAAUAUGCUGUUAAAUAUAUUUCUAUAUUUUAAAAUAUAAUAAACCUGUAAUGCUAAGCUCACCCAA